AUGAUAUCGGGAUUCGGAACGCCGGCCGGCUGUGCCCUGGCGUCACACAUGGAUGUCCGAUGCUUAAGCUUCACUGGCUCUUCUCUUACAGGACAGAAGAUUCAAAUGGCAGCGGCGAGCUCUAACAUGAAGCAUCUGCAACUGGAACUAGGUGGCAAGUCGCCUGCAUUGAUACUCCACGACGCAGAUCUCCAGGCCGCGGCAGAGCAAACGGCAGCAAGCAUGACAUUCAUGAGUGGACAAAGCUGCAUAGCAAAUUCCCGGCUUUACGUUGAUCAAUCUGUCGGAGAGGAGUUCAUUAGCCUUUUCAAGAAAGCCUUCACCUCCUCUCGGAUAGGUAGCCCUCUUGAAAUGAAUACCUCUCAUGGGCCUCAGAUCGAUGCUGCUCAGCGUGAUCGAAUCGAAUCCUACAUUGAAAUUGGGCGUCGAGAUGGUCUGCUCCUAGCUGGCGGAAACGUCGGGCCUGGACUUUUUGUUCAGCCGACCAUCUUCGAAAAUAUCCCUGAGAGCUCUCCACUAAUGCAGGAGGAAGUCUUCGGUCCGGUAGUCGUGAUAAACCACUUCAAGUGCGAGACCGAGGCUAUCGAACGUGCCAAUAAGAGUGAGUUCGGGCUUUACGCGUCAGUGUUCACUAGGAACAUUGAUCGCGCACUGCGUGUUGCCAAGCAGCUGGAGGCUGGAACAGUGGCGAUCAAUUGUACCAGUCCAACAGUAGCCACGGACAUGCCUUUGGGGGGAUGUAAGAGAAGUGGAAUUGGUCGAGAAGGAUACAUAAACAGCCUUGAGAACUUUCUUGAGACAAAAACCCUUCUCAUACAUGCUAAUAUCUAG